GCCUCCAACGCUAAUAACCUUCUGGAAAAUUCCGCUAAUCCAAGAAAUUCUCGCCCCCCAACCCAACCCCCAACCAACCAACCAAACCCAACCGAAGAAGCCGAGCCGAACCCCACUCCGCCGAUCAGCCGCUAUGCGCUGAGGCCGAAUCGCCGCAGCCCGAGGAGGAGAAGGGGGUGGAGGGGAUGGAGGGGAGUGGCGGGUCCGCGUCGCUGCCGCCGUUCCUCACCAAGACGUACGAGAUGGUGGACGAGCCGGCCACGGACGCGGUGGUGGCGUGGACGCCGUCCGGCACCAGCUUCGUCGUCCUCAGCCAGGCCGACUUCUGCCGGGAUCUUCUCCCCAAGUACUUCAAGCACAACAACUUCUCCAGCUUCGUGCGCCAGCUCAACACCUACGGCUUUAGGAAGGUAGAUCCAGAACAAUGGGAAUUUGCAAAUGAAGAAUUCCUACGAGAUCAGCGGCAUCGGUUGAAAAAUAUCCAUAGACGCAAGCCAAUAUUCAGCCAUUCAUCACACACUCAGGGUGCCGGACCAUUAGCUGAUAGUGAAAGGAGGGACUAUGAGGAGGAAAUUGAGAGGCUCAAGUGUGAUAAUGCAUCACUAAAUUUACAGCUUGAGAGGAAGAAAACUGAUAUGGAGAGUAAAAUGAAGGCUUUGGAAGACAAACUAUUUGCUAUUGAGGAUCAGCAGAAAAAUCUUAUAUCUUAUGUCAGAGAAAUUGUGAAUGCACCUGGAUUUCUUUCUAGCUUCGUAGAACAAUCUGAUCAUCACGGAAAGAAGAGGAGACUGCCUAAACCAAUUUCAUUCCAUGAUGAUGCUUGUACUCAGGGGAACCAGAUUAUGCAUUGUGACUUGGUCAACUCACCAGCUCAUGAACUUUUUAGGUCAUCAUUUGACAAAAUGGAAUCAUCCUUAAAUUCCUUGGAGAAUUUCUUCAAAGAAGCGAGUGAGGCAUUUGGUAAUGAUGUUUCAUCUGAUGGUGAUGUCCCAGGUCAUUCUUCAGCUGUUGUUCUUACAGAGCUCCAUUCAACUGGGGAGAGUGACCCCCACGCGCAAUCACCUCCGUCCAUGAUGCAUACUUGUUCAGCUGGUGUAGGAGAUUCACACUCUUCUCGUGAUAUAGCAGAGUCCGCCAGCUGUCCAGAGAGUCCUCUGCUUCCCCAAGCUCAUUCUCGUGCAGAUUCACGAGCUAAGGUCUCCGAGAUAGAUGUCAAUUUAGAACCUGCUGUUACAGAAAAUGGUCCAUCGAGAGAUCAACAACCCACCCAAGACCUUCCUGCUGACGCAAAUGAUGGAUUUUGGCAGCAGUUUCUUACCGAGCAGCCUGGGUUGACCCAUGCACACCAGGAGGCCCAAUCAGAACGGCGAGACAGAGAAGCAAAUCAAACAACAGCAGGAGACCGCGGAAGUUUUUGGUUGGACAAGAGCAGCAUCGAACAGAUGACAAAAAAACUGGGGCAUCUCACCUCAGCUGAGAAAACCUGAGUAUGUAUUUCUCAUUUCUUGUAGCUGAAAAUGACCAGUACAGAAACAUUAGGACCAUGGCACCUCCCAGUGAGGUAUGCCUGCUAACAUUUACUUUGCAGUGUAUCAGAAUUGUGUGUGUUAGAUUGUUGCAGACUAUGUGCUAUAUACUACCUUGAUAUACGUUCAUACUUUGUUAGCUAAACAUUCA